GCAAAUUAUGAUUAUUCCUAAAAUCAGCCCUGACACGUGGCGAGCGACACGCAUGCACUCGCUCUGGCCAAAUGGCCUGAACCUCCUAUUCCCACCCCAAAUCGACAAAUCGACAAAUGCCCCUUGGAUUAGCUUUUCAGGAACAAAACGAUGGCCUGAUCCAGCUGAUCAUCAUCCUCACAUCCUGGUCACACUGCCGCCCUCAAUCCAAUCAACUUUCUCAAUCCACAUGUUGUUCAAGCUUUCAAGCCAGGCUUCGGAUUGACUCCUAUCUCCAUGAACCCUAUUGCCCUGAAUGACACCAUCCGGGUUCAGCCAUCCACCUUGGCAUUAACAUCACCCUCAAUCAAGAAGCGGGUCAUAUCCAUCCACCAUGGAGAUCAACCCGCCAGACCAGGCGGCACCCGAGAAGACGGCCCGCAAGAACCGCCGCAAACGCGGCAAGAAACCCCAAGGCCGUGGCGGUGAAAUAACCUCGAGGAUCGGACCGCCCCCCGCGGGGGCCUCAUCGGUCCAGCCUCCGGCUAAGCCCGGGAAAUCCAUAGGGCCCGGUCCCAAAUCCCCCCCCUCGGGGGCCUAUCCGCCCCAUUUUGCCUUGGAUGUGGUCCAGUCAUUGUUGGAGCGAUGCCCGGAGGACUUCAUUUCCGGGACGUUUCGGAUCAAUGCCAAAUCUUACAAGGAUGCUUACGUGUCGCAUCCGGAUCCCCAGUGCCCGGACAUCCAUGUCUACGAUUUCCUGGAUCGCAAUCGAGCCAUGCACCAAGACCAAGUGGUGGUCCAACUCAAGGCCCAGGAUCAGUGGAACAUUCUGCACGAGAAGAUCCAAGAGUAUCUGGAUGAAGGCCAGCCGGCCGAGCAGGGACCCGAGGACCUGGCUUUGAUGGCCAGUGCCUUGGAUUUGACAGGGUCGGGCCGUGGCCUUCGUGGCCCUCGUGGCCUUCCCCGCUCGGCUCGAACCCGACCCGAGUCCGGGGGCGGCUCCCAUUGUGCCUACGAGUACCCGCGGGCCACGGUCAUGGCCCAUCCUCUGUGGAAGAAGUUUGUCCAGCCCACGGCCAAGGUGGUGUGCAUAACUGAGGCUCAGCACACGCGAUUGGCGGCCGGACGGUUGCGCAAGUUUCCGGAUGGUAAUCCCAAUUUCGCGCUCUUCGCCCCGGAAGACAGCCGGGUGCCCCGCCUCAAGAUUCAGCGCGGGGAUUGCCCGCCCGAGUUCUUUGCCCGGCCUCAAGAUUUUGAGCACAUGCUCUUCAUUGGCCAGAUGAUCCGAUGGGACAUGGGUCAUACUGCCUUAGGGAAAAUUGCCAAAGUAAUCGGGAGUUAUGACGAUAUCGCCGCUCGAAGCAUUGCUAAUUUGGCAGAGAAAGGCAUUGAUCACUCAGAUUUCCCCGAGAGCAUCCCAGAACAUCUACCUCCGCUGCCUUUUGUGAUCCCGGAGAGCGAAAUUCAAAACCGGCGCGAUUUGCGGCCAGAUUGUGUGUUCACCAUAGACCCAAAAACUGCCCGAGAUCUGGAUGAUGCUCUCUCAGUCACGGACCUCUCGGACGAUCGAUUCAAAAUCGGGGUUCACAUUGCCGAUGUGUCUCAUUUUGUGAAAGAGGAUGAUCCCAUAGAUGUGAUUGCCCGUGACAGAGCAACGUCCGUGUAUCUGAUCGAUAGAGUGAUACCAAUGUUGCCCAGGGUUCUUUGCGAAGACCUGUGCUCUUUGAGCCCCGCAGAGGAUCGAUUGACCUUUUCCGUCGAGUGGAUUAUGAAUGGCAAUGGAGACAUUCAAGAAGAAUGGUUUGGCCGAACCGUGAUUCGGAAUUGUUGUAAACUUGCCUAUGAACACGCGCAAGGAAUGCUCGAUCAUCCAGAUAAGGAUUGGACCCCUGAAGAACUCCCACCCGUCGAAUUUCCCUGGACCUACAAAGACUUGUCCAACCGAGUCAACACCUUAAACCAACUUGCGCUCAAACUUCGCUCCAAGCGAGUGGCAAAUGGCUCACUUCGUUUAGACAACCUGAAGCUCGCCUUCACGCUGGACAAAGAAACCGCAUUGCCCGUGGGAUAUCAGCUGUACGAACAUCGUCACAGCAACAAGCUCAUUGAGGAAUUCAUGUUAUUGGCAAAUAUGCGAGUGGCCCAAAAACUGAACGAUUCCUUUCCCAAUCUGGCCGUGCUGCGUUGCCAUCCCCCACCCAAGGAGCAGCCUUUGAUGAAGGCCGCCAAUCUGCUCAAUCGAUGUGGGGUUCCUAUGAAUGUAAGUUCUUCAAAAGCGAUUGCAGCUUCCUUGGAGCAAGCUGCCAGAGAACGGAGUCCUCAGGAGUAUUUGGUCAUCACCAAUAAUCUGACCAAACCUAUGGAAUUGGCGCGAUACUUCUGCGCGGGUUGUGAGAAUCCAGACAAUUUUCGCCAUUACGCAUUGGCUGUGGAUUUGUACACGCACUUUACAUCCCCGAUUCGACGAUAUCCGGAUGUCCUAGUCCACAGAUUGUUGGAUUAUGCACUGACGAAUCGGACACCGGAUUGGAACGAGUUCACUAUUCAAAAGUGGGUGAAUCAUUGCAAUACCAAGAAAACUUCGGCCAAGGCGGCUAGCGAGUUCUCGAGCCUCAUGUUUUUGGCAUUGUUCAUCAAGAAUUGCGGUCCAAUCCAAGCCGACGCCAUCGUUUGUGAUGUUGGAGAUUUCGCUUUUGAGGUGCUCAUUCCAUCCGUGGCAGUGGUGAAGCGAGUGUACUUGGAUCGAUUGGCCAAUUGUACCAUAAAGGUCAUCACUCCACGUAAGGAGUUGGCCAUUCAGUUUCCUCCUCAUCCUCCGGAAUUUCCGGACCCUCACGUCCAGAGUAUUCGAUUUCUGUCAAAAGUGUCAGUGAAAUUGUUUUUUGAUGGAACCCCACACGAUUUCCAAGCAGUACUGGAACGUCCAUGAUGUGAAAAUGAACGACUGUGAUAGAUACCCACUAAAUGUACUUGACCUCACUUUACCAUUGACUGUUAUGGAAAGAAAUAAAAUUUCGCUCAAUAA